AUGGGUCACGGUCCGUUCCUCGAUCACUCCUACUUAAUCGACAACAGGGCCCCCAGCCCAACCCAAGUUCCAAUACCUGAAUCCCGAUCGAUCGCCGUCGACGCCGCCCGCCCGCCCGCCAUGGAAGAGAAGAGGACGAAGCUCUCCUUCUCCAUCCCCUCGAAACCCACGCCACCCAAGCCCACCGCUUUCUCCUCCGCCUCCCCUCAACCCAGCCCCGCCACGCCCUCCACCGUUCCCACCGGCGGUGGCCCUGCCUUCGUGCCCGACGCCUUCGACAACAACCGCUCAUCCUCCAGCGCAGGAUACGGCCUCACCGUCCGGGACACGGAGGAGUCCAAGGUGAGUAAGCUCGCUGCUGCAGCGCGGCGGUUCAAGCAGGACAUGGCCGGUCUCCCCGACACGCAAGGUACCGACGAGUACGAUGAGGUGCCCGUGGAGGGCUUCGGGGCCGCGCUCCUCGCUGGGUACGGCUGGAAGGAGGGGAGUUCUAUCGGGAGAGACCAAAAGCAAGGGUGA